AUGGAAAAGAACGGUAAAAUGAUUUGUAUGGUUUUGUGUAUGAUAGUUUUGUCAAAUUACUCAGUGAAGUGUGGAACGAUUAAUGACACAAAGACGCUGACAUCCGACCUUCUUUCGGAUUAUAACAUCAAUGUACGUCCUAUUGCUAACCAAAGCCUGGCAGUGAACGUGUCGAUUGAAGCCUACAUUAAAAGUAUCCAGGAAUUUGAUGAAGUUCAGGGUAAAUUUUCGUUUAUUGGAGCGUUGUUGUUCAUGUGGCACGACGUAAAUAUGAUGUGGGACCCGGCCCAAUACGGCGGUGUUUAUGAGAUCUCGGUACUCUAUCCGAAUGUAUGGGUACCAGAAUUAGUUUUAUCAAGUCCAUCUGAUGACGUUAACAGCCUCGGUCAAAAAUGGAAUAGAAUACGCUUUUAUUAUAAUGGAAUAGCUGUUUGGCUUCCCAUUGAUUUAAUUGAGAGCACGUGUUCUGUUAACGUAAGGAAUUAUCCUUUUGAUACACAAACAUGUACAACAUCCUUUAACACUCUAGGCUAUCUUGAAUAUGAAGUGCGACUUAUUGCUGCUUUAAAUGAAUUUAAGUUUGAUGUUUACCAAGAAAACUCCAUUUGGUCAAUCAAAAAGUCAAAAGUGUCCAUUUCCGUUGUUGGAGAAGGGAGUCAACUCGACUUGAUACUCCAUCUUAAUAGAAAACCUUCCUUUGUUAUCAUAAAUAUGGUUUUACCAAUACUUUUUCUGAGUUUGUUGAACGUUUUAGUUUUUCUCCUAAUUCCAGAAUCUGGAGAGCGUGUUUCAUAUUGCAUAACAGUUUUACUUGCAAUAGCAGUGUUUAUGACCAUCGUUAGUGAUAUGUUACCGAGAAGUUCUGAACCCGUGCCGGUCAUCUCCAUUAAACUAAUGAUUGAUAUGAUCAUCAGUUCAUUCAUUGUUUUUACUGCGAUACUUAAUCUAAACUUGUAUCACAGAGACGAAAGCAUCCCGAUUCCACAAUGGUUGAAAUCCUUGUACAUUAUGUUGUCAUGUGUUAGCUGCAGCAAGAAGAAAAUUGAUCCACAUUUCCAGGAAAUGAAGCAAAUCAGUUCAAAAACCAGUACAAAGGUGAAGACAAUUAACGUUGUUGAAUAUAAGAAUGAACCGAUAGAGAGCAAGAUAGGUCGACUUGUAGAAGAACAUGAUGAAGACAACAAAAUAACAUGGAAAAAAUUGAGUAUAAUGAUGGACAAGGUGGCUUUGAUAAGCUAUACUGCAGUUUCUGUGGCGAGUUUUGUAAUUUUCUUGGCUAUAACUGCCGUAAGCUCUAGUGAAAAUUAG